CGCAAGCGUGGGCACACUAGAACAACACCGCGCAGGAAAACACAUUCUCGGUGUAUUGCUUCCCCACGAGUCUCUCUGUAUAAGUGUCGGUGUUGGAAGUGGUGUUCGUAUUACGAGAGAGGAGAAGAACUAAUCGGGACGAAGACGCAUGGUAGCACAUGUAGCAUAUUUUGAUUAUUUUUGAAUAAACACCGGGAAUAAUGUGGACCUCAGUUGCUCCAUGCGAUGUUGAGGGUCCAGCUCCAUCAGCAAGAUCGAAACACAGCGCCACUGUAGUUGGAGAUCAUGUUUAUUUGCUUGGAGGAAGAAAUGGAAACCUUCCACUUAAAGACUUUUGGAAGUAUAGUUUAGUAACUGGAAAAUGGCAACAGCUUCAUCCGAGUGGAGAAAAGCUUCCAUGUCUCCAGGAGCACUCCGCCGUUGCGUACAAGGACAACAUAUACGUGUUUGGUGGUGAAGUGGGCUUUUCAGCCGGGACUGAAACGCCUCUAUGGUGUUACGAUGUAAAGAACAAUAGCUGGAAGAAACUGCGACCUAGAAAAGGGGUAAAUACACCAAAGGGAAGGAGAGGUCACAGCGCUUUGGUCCAUAGGGGGACUAUGCUAAUUUAUGGAGGCUAUCAGGACCUGAAAGGUUCGUGUGGGGAGCUCUGGGCGUACUACUUCGCAACUGAAUCGUGGCAUUUAGUAAGUAGAUCGAAGACAAAACCGACAGGUGAAGGAUAUCCGCCUCCUCGACAUAAACAUUCCGCCGUAAUACAUGAAGAUGCCAUGUGGAUAUAUGGUGGUAUGACGGAUUUGCAAGAGAGGGGUGACUUGUGGCGUUGGGACGUUACAACCGGAGCGUGGUCCACGUAUAGAUCAAAAAUCAACCCAGGACCUCUCCAUAGCCACGCAGCCUGCAAACUGCCUACGGGGAUGGUGAUAUUUGGGGGAGAAAGAGAGGGUCACGCUACGAACGACGUCUGGAAGUUUAACUUCACAACUGAAUUAUGGGAAAAAAUUCAUAUACAUGGCAUGAAACCGCAACCAAGGGCCGAAGCGGUUGCAUUUAUAGUCUCAGAGUUAUUAUUAAAAGACCAUUCUGUAGCUUCCCUAGAAAAUAAAGCAAAUCGAACUCGAUUGAGGACUUGUAGUUCGGUUGAUAGAGGUCAUAGACACUCGUCCUAUUUUCCAAGUAACAAAGUUAAACCACAAGAACAAACGUUUGUGUUCAAUCCAUCUCAUAGUAAUUACAUCGAUGGUAGUGAGUUGAAUGAAAAUGCUAGAUCGUCUUCUAAAAAUAGUUUUCUACAAGAAAUAAGUAAAUUAUCUCAAAUAAACUUAACAAAAAUUAAUAAUAAAUGUAGCUAUACAGUAUUAACAGGGAAACAUACAGAUAGUACUGAAAGUCUUUUAAAGCAGACGAUUUCUCCUCAAGUAGAUUAUGAAGAGUAUGAAUUAUCGACACCCACGAGAGGGACGAUGAUAAAAUCUAAAUCUGCUUACGUUAUAAAGAAAAAAUUUAGCAACGAUGUGUGCCCGGAGAAAGAAAAUAUUCCAAAGAAAAGAGUGGAGUUUGAUAAUAGAACAAUAAAAAUUCCUCGUGAUCCGAUAUCUGUGCCAAAUUUUAAUGUUUUAACCCUUCCAACUCCUGUUUUAACGCCUGUCGAAGCUACCAAAUUAGUUUAUUUGGAUAACGAGGAAAACGAGGAUCAUUAUCAUUACGAUGAUGAAUUUGCUAUUCCAUAUAAUAAUAUAACUCAAGUAAAACCAAACGAAUUGAAGGAAUUAAAAUCGACAAUUAAAAGAGGAGAUAGUUAUAACUCACAUUUAGCUUACGCCGAUAAUCCUCUUUACCAACACAUGGUUAACUCAAACUCAAUUAAAUUUGCAAAUUAUGCUGUACCUGAAACGUUUGAUGAAAGUGUAUCAUCUACAUCGGAUUAUUACAGUUUAGAAACCGUUAAUAGAUUAUCUUCAGCGAGUAAUUACAGCAUGAAGACGAAUAAUACACUCGAUGAUAAAUCAAAAAGAAGCACUAUAAAUUCAGAAAAUUCCUUUGGUUUUAGUAAUCCUAACUAUUUAGGUCCAGAUAUUAAAAACAACCGUGAGAAGGAAAAAUCCCAAUACAGUAUUAAAAAAUUAUCCGAAGAUGAUGGCAGUCAACAUCUUUCAGAAACAGAAGACGUCGUGGAACUUCAAGAAUACAACGGUGGAAUAACUAAAAGCACGAAAGUUAUUUAUAGAAGCGUUAGUAAAAAUCGCUUGCAAAAAUCGUUUUCUGCCGAAAGUAGAAGCUUACGUUUAAAAGGUGGAAAGUGCAGAGCGAGUAGCGCAAGCAGAGCAGAAAGAACAAAAGUAAAAAGUGAAGAUUUAAAAUCCCCAGUAGAAAACACUUUAAAUAAUGACAUAAGCGUACCGUUUUACGUGUUCAUUUUCGGUGGAAAAGAACAUGGCCAGGUAACAGUAUUUCAGCGACCCAUAUCUAUAUGGAAACUGAAAAUGCUAUGAAUUUGUCAAAAGUAAUUUAAUUAGUAGUCCGUCUAGAUAACUUGUGCCAAAGUAACUUUUACAGGACCCAAAAGAAAUAGUCACACCAUCGUCGUAUAUAUCGUAGAUGGUAGUCUAGGUUUGGUAAUUUUCUAUGUAACUGUAGAAUUUGUAAACAGACAAACAAAAUAAGCGAGCCUAGAGUCAAUUAUAUCGAAAACAUGUUUUAGAAGUAUUCAAACGUAGACUCCAAAAUUUUAAUAAAAGAAAAUGUAAAUGAAACGUUUUAGUAUCUCAUUUUUAAGUAAUUUUUAGAAUUUUCCAAUGAGCAACGUGAACGUAAAUCGAUUCCUUCCUUCUUUCUAAAUUUGACAUAAAACUAAAUUUGUAGAGUCAGUUUUUCUGAGCUUGUAAAAAAAUGAACGUGAGAGUAAAAUGCAUAUAGUUUUGUAACAAUGUUAAAUCUGAUAUAUUUACAACAUUAUUUUUACGCUAUUAGUUGUGCGGAUAUUUAUUGGUAGCCUUUAAAUAUCUUUUAAAAAUGUAUUCUUAAUGUAUAUUUCUAAGCAACUUUAAAAAUUGGGUUUUGCUCAAAUUUUAGUAUGAUAAUUGCCAAAUUUCAAAACAUUCUAUUUUUAAUCAUAUUAUUACAUAAAGCAAUUACGAAAAAAUAAUGAGUGAUUCUAAAUUACAGGUACAAAAGCUAAUUCAAGAAAUUAAAGCAGUUAUGAAUA